AUGAAAGUGCCUUUUGUUAUUUAUGCAGAUUUUGAAAGUGUUAUAAAACAGAUAAAUGAGAGAAAGAAAAAUUGUAGUACAGUUAAAAUUCAGAAACAUAUUGCAAUAAGUUUUGUUUAUAUUAUUGUAUAUGCCAAUGGUGAUUUUGAAAGAAAAACUUUUGAAUAUUUUGGUGAAGAUGCUCCAAAAGUAUUAUAUAAAAAAUUAAGAGAAGAUGCUAUAUAUAUAGCUGAAAAUUAUUUAGAUAAUGUUAAGAAAAUGAAUGAGUUAACCGAGAUACAGAAAAAAGAGUAUGAAAAUGCAACAUUUUGUCAUAUUUACGAAGAAAAAUUAACUAGCAUACCUACCCAUAUUUUAAGUUUCUUGAAAAGGAAAUAA